UCCGCAGCCCGAAAGACGACGAGCUCGGAAAGCAGCGAAAACGCUCAGAUUGCCUCCACAACAUGCCCCGAGCCAGCCUUUCGGCCUCGGACUACAAGCAGCAAUAACAACAAACAAACAAACAAAGCUAUGCCUGAAAUGAUAUGAAUUACUCUCGGUUCAUCACCUCUGUGAGUGCAGCAAGAAAAGCAUCUCCAAUAAGACUUCUAACUGAACUGAUGCAAAGGUCUCCUCCGUCACUCAUCUCUCUCGCUGGAGGGGCACCAAACCCUAACACUUUCCCAUUUAAGAAGGCUACUGUUGCCAUUGAACAUGGAGCUCCUGUUGAGAUUGGGGAAGAUUUGAUGAAGAGGGCUCUCCAGUACUCCGCCUCAGCAGGGAUUCCAGAACUGUUGUCUUGGCUAAAGAAUUUUCAGAGGAAUCUACAUAACCCCCCCACAGCCAGCUACAGUCCUGAGCAAGGACAAAUGGAAAUGUGCAUCACAACUGGCAGCCAGGAAGGCUUAUGUAAGGUGUUUGAAAUGCUCAUUAACCCUGGGGACAACGUCCUUUUGGAUGCACCUACGUAUUCCGGGACACUAGCAGCUCUGAGACCUUUGGGUUGUAACAUAAUUAAUGUUCCUAGUGACCAACAUGGCAUUAUUCCAAAAGCUCUGAAAGAAAUUCUGUCUACUUGGAGCCUAGAAGAUGUAAAGAGCCAUAGCCACAAUCUCCCUAAAUUCCUGUACACUAUUCCAAACGGUUGUAACCCAACUGGAAACUCUCUGACCACAGAGCGCAAGAAGGAGAUAUACCAGCUUGCAAGAAAAUACGAUUUCCUUAUAAUAGAAGACGAUCCUUACUACUUUCUUCAGUUUGAAAAGCCAUGGGCUCCAACUUUCCUUUCAAUGGAUGUGGAUGGCCGAGUUAUCAGGACUGACUCUUUCUCUAAAAUUCUGUCAUCAGGGCUGAGAAUAGGCUUUCUAACAGGUCCGAAGCCUCUUAUCGACAGAGUUAUUCUACACAUACAGGUUUCAACAAUGCAUACCAGUACUUUCACGCAGAUUAUGAUAUCACAGCUUCUUCAGCAAUGGGGAGAAAAGGGUUUCUUGGAGCAUAUAGACAGGGUGGUGGAGUUCUACAGAACCCAGCGGGAUGCAAUGCUUAUUGCUGCUGACAAGUGGUUAAAAGGCUUGGCAGAAUGGCACCCUCCUGCUGCAGGCAUGUUCUUAUGGAUCAAAAUUAAGGGAGUUUCUGAUACACAGCAGCUGAUCAUGGAAAAAGCUUUGCAGAAGGAAGUGUUACUGGUUCCCGGAGGAGCAUUCAAUAUUGAUAGUUCAGAGCCUAGUUCUUAUGUCAGAGCCUCCUUCUCCCUGUCUUCCCCAGCCCAGAUGGAUCAAGCUUUCAAGAGACUGGCUGACCUUAUAAAGGAAGCUAUAUGAAAAGGCUAAAUAGAUCUUUUUCAUCAAUCAAAAUCAUCUCCAGAAAACACUUAUUAACAUUUGGAUUUCAUCAGAACACUUUAAAAGCAAGUAGAAUACAGUGGAUGUUCCCUUAGAUGGUACCAGUGCUUGGAUUCCAAACUUAGAUAAUCAGCAUCCAAAAAAAGGUUUGUAGAGAACGUAGACAUGACUACUUUAAUUAUUACAACAUACAACUUUUUGUGACGGUAAUACCAUACAAAGAAAAGACAUAGACUACUGUCGAGACUUCAUUGCGAGUAUUUCAUAUUUUAAGGUGUACAAGAACAACAAAGUGAGAAACAGCCAAUACUGAGGUGUGGUUUCCACAGUUUAUUUUUUCAAACGUUUUUAAAAUUGUUUAUUUUGAGAGACUCUUGAGUGAAUUUCAAAAAUUAC